UAACAUCGUCCAUUGGUCUUCACUCCCAAUUCAACGCUUCCGUCAGGUGGUUUAAUAGUAAAUCUAUCUCUAAUAGUAAAGCUCUUCCUUGUUAGUUUAAAUUUAUGGUAUUUCAAUUUAGACUAUACGAACGAACCAGAAUGACCUAGAAACGGAAAUAUUUAACAUUUUCAACAAGGAACUGUGAUUAUCUUACAAUUAUUUAUUCAGUAUCUUUACAGUAAAGCACAUUUAAAUUUUAUUGUAUGCACAGCUUCGUAUUUCUUCUGCCUAGCUUUACUUAAACGACAAUCUUUAUUCUAUGAUAAUAUUCUUGAGACGCCAUAUCAAUAAAUCAUUUCAACAAUCAGAAUUCUACUUUAAGUUUCUUUCGACGUUUUCCAAAACUGUUGCAAAUUUUUGUUAUUGUUAUGCCGUAGAGGUUGGAGGUAGGCCAAAAAAUUGCAAGUUAUCAUUCAUCAUCGAAGAUAGUAAAUAAGGACUAUUAAUAUUUUUAACCGUUGUCGACAAUCAUUAUUUCUAAACUUUUAUUGCCAUGUAUAUAUAGUUUCUGCUGCUAAAAUGCAACAAUUUGCUUAGACUAGAAUUAAUUCGUCCAAUGAUUGUUUGAAGUUGAAGUUAUUAGUUAAUUAUAUUCACUUUCUGAUAUUUAUAAGAAAUAUUAAACUACAAUUAAGUAAACUUUAACCGUAAAGUUAUGCUUCCUUUCGCUUGGAUCCUGGUUUGAAAUUCGAUUCUGAACUAAAGUAGAACAUUGCCGAUUAUUAUGGCUUUUAGGUCUAUUUUUAUAUAUGCAUAAAUGUGAUGUUUUGGUUGAGAUUGUUUUGAAGGCUUUUGUUUCGGAGUGAUAUGUCUCAACGUAAUGGAUAGGAACAGAUAUUAUAAUAAAAUGUUAACUGAAUUAAAGGACGACUUGGAAGAAGACACUCGGCAGCUAGCAUGCAAGACGGAUGGCAAUGCCAGCUUUUUACGAGCUGCAAGAUCUGGAAAUGUGGAGAAAAUAGUUGAAUAUUUAAAAGGAAACAUCGAUAUAAACACAAGCAAUGCAAAUGGCUUGAACGCAUUGCACCUUGCAGCUAAAGAAGGCCACGUAAAUGUAGUGACAGAACUAUUAAAAAGAGGCGCCAACGUAAAUGCAGCUACUAAGAAAGGGAACACCGCCCUCCAUAUCGCUUCUCUUGCUGGUCAAGAGGAGAUAGUUAAAGUUUUAAUUCAACUGGGUGCCAAUGUAAAUGUUCAAUCACAAAAUGGCUUCACACCUUUGUAUAUGGCAGCUCAGGAAAAUCAUGAUUCGGUGGUCUCGUUUCUAUUGGCUAAUGGGGCGAACCAGAGCCUUGCAACGGAGGAUGGCUUCACCCCACUAGCUGUAGCGCUGCAACAGGGCCACGACAAAGUUGUCGCCGUCUUACUUGAAAAUGAUACAAAAGGCCGAGUUCGAUUGCCUGCUCUCCACAUAGCAGCAAAGAAAGAUGACUGUAAGGCAGCUACUCUACUGCUUCAGAGUGAUCACAACCCGGAUGUUACUUCUAAAAGUGGUUUCACACCAUUACACAUAGCCGCUCAUUAUGGUAACGAAAACAUAGCUAAAAUUCUUCUAAGUAAAGGUGCUGACGUAAACUACGCUGCUAAGCAUCAAAUUACACCUCUUCACGUUGCUUCCAAAUGGGGUAAAAUUAAUAUGGUUAUGUUGCUUUUGGAAAAGGGUGCCAAUAUUGAAGCAGCUACUAGAGAUGGUUUAACUCCCUUGCAUUGUGCUGCUAGAAGUGGUCACGAUCAAGUUGUUGAUCUACUUUUAGAAAAAGGUGCUCCAUUCUUGGCUAAAACAAAGAAUGGACUUGCCCCUCUUCAUAUGGCAUCUCAAGGAGACCAUGUCGACAGCGCUCGCAUUUUGUUGUAUCAUAAAGCACCAGUUGAUGAUGUCACUGUCGAUUAUUUAACAGCACUUCAUGUCGCCGCACAUUGUGGCCACGUUAAAGUGGCCAAGCUUUUACUGGACAGGAAAGCUGAUCCUAAUGCCAGAGCCUUAAACGGUUUUACUCCCCUUCACAUUGCAUGUAAAAAGAAUAGAAUAAAAGUUGUAGAACUUUUAUUGAAACAUGGAGCUUCUAUUGAAGCUACCACUGAAUCUGGGCUUACACCACUCCAUGUUGCAUCAUUCAUGGGUUGCAUGAAUAUAGUGAUAUAUCUCAUUCAGAAUGGAUCAAAUCCUGAUGUUCCCACAGUGAGGGGUGAAACUCCUCUGCAUUUAGCAGCACGUGCCAAUCAGACAGACAUCAUUAGAAUUCUUUUAAGGAAUGGUGCAAGUGUAGAUGCAAGAGCGAGGGAGGAGCAGACACCUUUACACAUUGCUUCUCGACUCGGAAAUGUAGACAUUGUAAGCUUACUUUUACAACAUGGUGCUGCAGUAGAUGCUACAACUAAAGAUAUGUAUACAGCAUUGCACAUUGCAUCUAAAGAAGACCAGGAAGAAGUUGCAUCUUCCUUACUAGACCAUGGAGCUUCUCUCACUGCAACAACUAAGAAAGGAUUUACACCGCUUCACUUGGCAGCUAAAUAUGGAAACAUCAAAGUUGCUCGAUUAUUGCUUCAAAAAGGUGCAGCUGUUGAUGCCCAAGGAAAGAAUGGUGUUACCCCUCUUCAUGUGGCUUCUCAUUACGAUCAUGUUAAUGUUGCACUGCUUUUGCUGGAGAAAGGUGCUUCACCCCAUGCGAUGGCCAAAAAUGGUUACACCCCUCUACACAUAGCAGCCAAGAAGAAUCAAAUGGAUAUUGCUAGCACUUUGUUAGAGUAUGGUGCUAAUGCAAAUGCUGAGUCUAAGGCUGGUUUCACACCCCUUCAUCUUGCUUCUCAAGAAGGACAUGCCGAUAUAUCAUCAUUACUUAUUGAUCACAAAGCUAAAGUCAAUCAUAAAGCUAAUAAUGGACUGACACCUCUACAUUUAUGCGCACAAGACGACAAAGUGAAUGUAGCAACUAUUCUUGUAGAUAGAGGCGCUGAAAUAGGACCACAAACCAAAGCUGGUUAUACACCUCUACACGUGGCUUCUCAUUUCGGUCAAAUAAAUAUGGUUAGAUUCCUAAUUCAAAAUAAAGCUGAUAUUCAUACGACCACAUCGCAUGGAUAUACAGCUCUCCACCAAGCUGCUCAACAAGGCCACACGCUAGUUGUCAAUCACCUGCUUGAAAAUCAAGCUUCGCCAAAUGUUACAACAACGCAAGGACAAACACCCUUAUCUAUCGCUCAGCGUCUUGGUUAUAUAUCAGUUGUCGAAACUCUAAAGGUUGUUACCGAAACAACAGUGACUACAACAACCACAACUGUAACUGAAGAAAAGUACAAGGUUGUCGCACCAGAAACCAUGCAGGAAACCUUUAUGACCGACUCAGAAGACGAAGGAGGUGCUGACUUUGAUGAAGCUGCCAUAUUUGGAAAACCAACGCAUGCCACACAUGUCUAUCUCCCUUUUAAAGAGGGCUCAUACUUUCAAAUGAGCGAAGAAGCAAUGCUUGGCGAUCAAUCCUACCGCUAUCUCACUGCUGAUGAGAUGAAAUCUUUAGGAGACGAUUCUUUACCCAUAGAUGUAACAAAAGAUGAAAAACAUCAUGAUGUUAUGCAUUCUGUUAAGCAAUUUGGCGCACCUAUGGUUGAAGAAGAUAAACUGUCUCCUCAGCAUGGCACACCAGUAGAAGGUGGAUUUAGUGAGAAAUUUUCCCCUGACAACAUUGACCUGGGUCGAGUUCCAGUACACGCUGGAAGAUUUAGUUGGGCUGAUGACUUCUAUUCCCUUUUCCCCAAAGGCAUGUCUCGAAGCAGCAGACUUAAAUGGAAAACGUUUUUAGUCAGUUUUAUGGUGGAUGCCCGGGGUGGUGCUAUGCGAGGAUGUCGCCAUUCUGGAGUAAGAGUCAUCAUACCUCCACGAAAAGCCUCCAUGCCUAUGAGAAUUACAUGCCGUUAUCUACGGAAAGAAAAACUCAUCCACCCUCCACCUCUUAUGGAAGGAGAAGCCUGCGCCUCUCGAAUACUUGAAAUGGGACCUGUCGGGGCUAGAUUUCUCGGGCCUGUGAUAAUCGAAGUUCCACACUUUGCAUCAACACGUGGCAAAGAGAGAGAAAUCACUAUUUUGAGGAGUGAUACAGGGGAGAGUUGGAGAGAACAUACCCUUGAAGCAUCUGAAGAAGCUGUGCAAGAAGUACUGAAUGAGAGCUUUGAAGGAGAAGAAUUGAGUGCUCUUGAAGACUUGAACACCAACAGAAUCACCAGAAUCCUUACCACGGACUUCCCACAAUACUUUGCGAUUGUCACCCGAGUUCGCCAAGAAGUGCACGGAGUCGGUCCUGAAGGUGGUAUGGUCAGCUCUACAGUUGUGCCUCAAGUCCAAGCGAUAUUUCCGGAAGGUGCUUUGACUAAAAAGAUUCGAGUUGGGCUCCAGGCUCAACCUAUUGCACCUGAACUCGUUGCGAAACUUCUUGGCAACCGAGUGGCAGUGAGCCCAAUUGUCACAGUCGAACCCAGAAGACGAAAAUUCCACAAGCCUAUAACGUUAACCAUCCCCGUACCUCAAGCAGCUACUAAAGGCAUGAUUAACCAAUACAGCGGAGAUGCGCCUACGCUGAGGUUGUUGUGUAGUAUAACAGGUAGUACCAAGUCAGGAGGCUCUUCCAAAGCACAGUGGGAAGAUGUAACUGGCUCCACUCCGUUGACAUUUGUUAACGAUUGUGUAUCCUUCACAACAACUGUAUCGGCAAGGUUCUGGCUGAUGGAUUGUCGACAAGUAAAUGAAGUCACUCGAUACGCUACUGAAUUAUAUCAAGAAGCAGUUUAUGUGCCUUUCAUGUCCAAAUUUGUGAUUUUUGCCAAAAGAUAUGAACCCUACGAAGCUCAGUUGCGUGUGUUUUGCAUGACAGACGAUAAAGAAGACAAGACACUAGAGUGCCAAGAGCAUUUCACUGAAGUAGCAAAGAGUAGAGAUGUUGAGGUUUUAGAAGGAAAGCUCCAAUAUUUGGAGUUUGCUGGCAAUUUAGCUCCAGUUACUAAAUCAGGAGAGCAGCUGAAGUUAGAUUUCCAAGCAUUCCAUGAGAAUCGCUUACCUUUCACGAUUAGAGUUAAAGAUCCUCAUAUGGAGCCAAUGGGUCGCAUUGCUUUCAUGAGGGAGCCUAAGACAGCUCGUGGCGACCCACCUCAAACUCCAAUAUGCAAUUUGAAUGUUGUUCUGCCAGAAGUGGCAUCUAGUGAAUCGUCAUCCCAUGCCGUGGAGUUGGUCACACUUGAAAAGAAGUACGACUUUAUGCAAGAAUCAGGAUUGAGCAAACCUGAAGUUAUUCAUAGGGCUGACCUUAGACUGUCAGACAUCGCUCGCGAACUAGAUAAAGAUUGGGUGCCUUUAGCUCAACAACUGGAACUCUCAGACAGUGAUGUGUCGCAAAUUAAAGCGGUUGAAGAAUGUGAGAACUCCGAGAAAGCUUUGAUGAUGCUCAGAUUAUGGUUACAAAAAUCUGGAUCAAGAGCUACAGGAAAUGAGUUGGAAAAAGGAUUAAGAAAAAUUAACAGAGAAGAUAUUAUUAAAAACUGUAUGUUUAAUGUGGAACUUGUUACGGACGAUGUGGAAAAAGCAGUUGCCAAAGUUCAUCUGGAUCAGUCUGGUUUUGAUGUGUUCAAGGAAGAAUUGGGUUCAUCUCGCGAAGCUUCAAUGAGAAGAGGUGCCUCUCUAGAUGCCUCAGUGGACGAGCAAGAUAUUACGAAGGAAGCUGAGUCUGCUGCUGAAACGAGCAGUGAAACUGGAUCACUCUUUGAGCGUGAUCAAAUUUCUCAAGCAUUCACAGAUGAAUUGAUGAAAGAUCACAUUAAAACUGAAGAUCUGACAAAUCUUCCAACCAGUGAGGAAAUAAACCAACUUUUCCCUAAAUGUAAAUUAACUCCCGCAUCUCAAAGUGAAACAACGAUGCCCCACUCAAGUGACAACAACACAAAAGACCCUGCCCCCGCUGAAAAUAUUCAACUUUUACCUGACGAUGAGAGUGAAAAAAGAACAAUGUCUGUUGUUGACGGUGAGCCACUUAAGAAAAUCGAAAAUGGCAUUAAUGUGGAUGUUAUUGAGCAGCAGAAUGAAAUAAGGACUCACGAGUUUUGGCCUCCUGAUAAAAUUUCAUCAACCCAAACUAUCAUUGUCACAUCCAAUCCAACACCAAUUGGAUAUUCAAUGAAUGAAGAACCUAUUGAAAAGGUUCUAAUAUGCUCGAGCCCCGACAAUCAAAAGGUUUCAAGAACUGAUACUGCUUUUCCUACAACUGCUGAUUCUAGCAAGGUCCUCAAUACCCAAACUAGUCUUGCUGAUCCGAGUGUGUUAGAAUGUGCAGGCGCUGAAUCAUUAUCAUCAGAUUUAGGAUACUGCAGCAUGGACAAAGAAGUUGCUUUAAGUUCAAAGACUGAUAAUUAUAAAUCAGGUGGGGAUUUACCUAUGAAUAUAUCUACAGUUAUUGAAACCGUUUCAACUGCUGAAAUCAGUGGCUCAUCGAAUGAUAAAAAUAGAAUAAUAUCCUCGAGCGAGGAUAAUUCUGUUAGCGGUAGUAAAAUAGUUGAAGUUAGUGAUAAUACCUUGCCAGACUCAAGUAAGGUAUCACUUGAAUAUGAACAAAGUGUUCAGCAUCAAUUAGAAGAACAUAAAUCCGAACAACAACCAAAAGAAAGUGUUGCGGCCAACAGUUUAGUAGAAGCUAAUGUGACCAAGUAUUCAAGUGAUAAUUCCCCGGAUGUUAACGUCUGUGUAGAAGAUGCCAAAAUACGCAGAGCUUCCAAAACACCUCCUCCAUCACCUGCUGAUGAAGAAUAUCGGGACAAUGAACUAGGCAAAAAACUGAAAGAAGUUGCUUUCCCUACUCUACCAGUUCAAUCUGAAGUUAAAGAAGAAUUAUCUGAAAUUGUUGGUGCGCAAGAUUUGCCGAUAAAACUUACCGAAUCUGAGACGUGGCCAUCGCUAGAGAUGGAUACUAGCCAAGUAUCCAUAUCCAGUUUACCUGAUGACGAGAAAUCGGAACCAACAACUGCCACUAUUCCUUUAGACGUUGAAAGAAGUGCCGAAUCUCAAACCCAAGAAGAUAAAACUGACGCAGGUGUAACUGUUUUAUCAACACAUUUAAUCCAAAAAACUACUCAUAUGACACUCAGUUCAAAUGAACCUGAAGAUAUUAGCUUAGAAGCUUCUGAUCUCAAGCAAGAUGUGACUGUUCCCAAACUACAAACUGAUGAACAGAUUGAUUUUGCACAAUCUAAGGAACCAUUUGUUUCAUCUUCCAGUCCGAUUUUAGCAGAUUCCAAAGUUAUCGAACAAAGUCAAACUGUUGUAGAGACGGUCAGUUCCUCAUAUAAAAAUGGAGACGUCAAAGUGACAACUGCAUCCAUUACUAUUAAAUCUGCUCAUGCUCCCGAAGCUGAUAUUUCAGACAAGAUUACAAAAUCUGAUAUUUCCGAAUCGGUUGGAAAAAUUGUAUCAGAGCAUGGUGAAAAAUUGCAAAUGGAAAGUGUUUUGAAGUCCGAACAAAUGCUAACCGAAUCAGAGUUAAAGCCUGAGCUUGACUUAAAAUCUAAACCCGAAGCAUCUGAUAGCAGCUUUGUACCUUGUGCGUUUGUUAACACUGCCUUCGCCGGUGCUGAGCUAAUAGAUGAGGUUGAACAAGUUGCUUCGAUGCGCUCUCGUAGUCCGUAUGAAGUAGUACGAGAUGGUCAAAUUGUAACAUCUAGCACUACCUCCCAUACAGAAGAACAAACUAGUGAUAUCCCCGCAUCAAUUGUAAGAUCUACCUUCGUUACCCGCUCAACAGAAAUAAUCAGAAGACCUUUAUUACAGCACAUCCCAUCUGAGAUAUCUGAAGAAGAUCUAGUUGAGAGAGAAAUAAGCUCUCCAAUAACAAAAGAAUAUUUUGAAGAAUUUUCUCGUUCCACUGGCGGUCAAAAGUCAGAACCCUUGCAAUCUGCUGAAUCAAGCACGGCGGAUUAUAAACUUUCACACUCUGCAACUGAACAAAUAACAAGCCAUUCCUCUGAGGCGGCAUUUAUGGAUAGCUCCAAGACAUCAAAAUCUCAAUCAAUUGUUAGAACUAGCACCGUUACUCAAGUCUCUAGUACCAUAUCAUCUGAAGGUAAAAUUGAGGGUACCCUUGAAUCUGAUACUGGUAUUCCAUCUAGUCCGUUCGAGUUAAUAAGUGAGAGUGAAAUAAGUGAUAAAGAAACUAGAAGUGGAACCCUCCCAUUGUCUUUAACCAUGCCAAAAAGUGAUGAGGCAGAUAAAUCUCCGGAUUCCGUGAUAAUGAGCGCUAGUUUUACCGAUAAAACUUUCUCAGCUGAUGGUGUGGCCCAAAAAGAUUCGAGUGAAAGUUGUACAUUGAACGAGGGAAAGAAAGAUUACCAAAUUAAAUCAGUUGAAUAUGUACUAAAUGGACCUGGAGAAGUUGAAUAUACGGCAGAAUAUGACGAUGGAGAUGAGUACGGUGUGACAAAAAGCUCAUCCAAAUUUUACGCUUUCGAAGAAUCAAUCACUGAUGGCAAAACUUUUCAUGAAUCCGUGGAAUCUGAAGAAGUUAAGAAAAGUCACUACAGCAGUGUUUCUGAUGAUGUAGCUGAUGCUGAAAUAGGUGAAAUUUUAAAAUCGGAUCAUCAAAUGGAGGAUAUUAUUGAAAGACCAGUGACGCCCGAACCUCCAGUUGACGAUUUUUCAGGUAGCGGAUUUAUACGAAGUUUUGAUGCAAAAGAACCAAUUUCGGAAUUUCUGGAACAGGAAGUUGAUGAAGAAGCUGAUUAUUCAUUAUCUGCUGAUGGCGAGCAAGCAGUUUCGUCACCUCCUCUUAGUCCUGACGAUAGCAAGUCUGGGUUUGCCUAUGGAAUGCAAUUCGAGAAAGAUAUUCUUGAUCUACCAGAUGAAGCAAUGGAUGUUGAUAGCGAUCAACUGAGUGAAGAGAAAGAAUCCAUGUUUUCGUAUGGUAUGCGAUUUGAACAAGAUCAUGAUCUCGAAGAAGAUAUUCCGUGUUAUGGUGAUUUAUAUACGCAUGAAGAGGUCGAUGAAGAUGCGCUGGAAAACGGCGAGAAGAGUAAAAUUAUUCCGAAGUAUAAGAAAGAUCCAGAAUUUGAUAUAUUGGCAGGAAAGAAAUAUUUUUCAAAAAAUGUUGAUCUAGAUGAAAUGUCUACGUCUUCUCUUCAAGAAUUUGAAAGGUUGGAAGCUGAAAUUGUAUCAGGUAGGAAAUCCAGUAUUGGCUCCAUUGAUUCGUUAAAUGGAAAAUUGACAGUAAGUAAAAGUGGUGAUCACGAUGAUGUCUCAAUGAGCUCUUUGACGGAGUUUGAGCGACUUGAGAAAGAAUGCAUUGAAACUGAUAAAAUACCACCCGAAAUGCAAGAAAGCAUUACUCAAUUAUCUGAAAUUGAAGAAGGCCACGAAAGCCAGGCAUCUGAAACCAGUCAGGAAAAUAAAUCGGAUGCUGCUAGAGAGGAAGAUAUGAGCAUUGCAGAUGAAUACGAUGCCCAUUUCGACAAUAUCGAAGAAAUCAUAUUAAAAUCAGAAAAAGUUGUUAAAGAUGAACUACCUUAUCAAAUAUUAAUAAAACAAGCUCAAAAACCUGUAGAUGCUAGUUUAGAUCAGGGCAUGCUUCCUCACAAAGUUACUGAAACUACUAAGCUUUCUAAUAUUGAAACAAAAAUUACAACAGUUCAUACUAAUAAGAUUUCUCUCAAAUCAACAGAUCGAGACUCAAGGGAAGAUAAAUCCGAGGACAUAGAGCAAGAUUCAUUGCGCGAAGAGUUCUCUUUAAAACCAGACUCUCUUACGGAAGAUAGACAAGAAUACUUAGAUUCCUUGCAUGAAGGCAAAUGCGAUGACGUAGAUUCACUUCAAGGUGAUGAAAUGAGAGAUUCGCUGUUUGAAGACAGACACCUUGAAGAUGAUUCACUUCAUGAAAUGGACAUUUUACCAGAUGAAUCGUCAUUAUCUCUGGAAAGUAGUUUCGCAGCUGCCAUGUCUCAUGAUUCAAGUAAAGCAGACGAGAUGAGAUCUAAGUUACCGGAAGUGGGCGAAACUACUGUAAUCAAGCAUUUAACAACAAAUUUAAAAGGAGAAAGAACAGAAAUCGUAGUUACUGAGAUACCGAAUAGAGAUGUAAUGCUAUCGAGUACUGAUUCUUUAGAGCAAAGUAGUUCAGCCGCUGCUGCUUUUCAUUUAGAAAGUGAAUCAGCCAUGUCUACUAGUUUAACCAGUGCCUUGAUGUCUGAAGACAAUACAAUGGUUUCCAGCACUGAUACACUUGAGCAGGAAGGGCGUAUUACUUUCAGAUAUGAAGACAUUCCAGUUGAUGAAUUAGAAAUUCUAGUAAAAGAUGGACGGAAAGUGAUUGUCGACUCAGAAGGCAAUAUACAGACAGAAUAUAAUGUUGAGCAUUUCUUAGCGUCCGAAGAUAAUAUGAAUGAUUUCAACAUAGGCUCAAAAGACAAAAUUGGAGCAAACUUGCCAUCUGCUAGCACCACCCAAGUAUAUACUACUAGAACAACGAGCUACGCGAGUCAGCCUAAAGAAAUACAACAAUAUCGUAUUUAUAAAUCAAUGCCAGAUGAAAGUGAACCAGAAGAGGAUAGGUACGAAUCUUCGCAAGCUGAACCUGAUAUUGAAAUCGAAGAAAUUCAUACAACUGAUGAAUUUGGGAAUCCUAGAACUAUAAAGAAAAUGAAAAAAGUAAUUCAUACAAAAACUCAGUUUUCCUCGUCUUCUUCCUCGAACAAUGUGGAAGAAAAAUUGAAGGAAUUUCUGAGAGAACAUGCAGCAGGAGAAACAGCAGGUUUAGGCGAAGAGGAGGUACAGGAAGAGAGGUCUUUUGAUGAAAAAGGAAAUGUUGUUCUAGUGCGAACUGUACAACAAAAAAUUCUUACUGAACCUGAAGUACAUUCCAGAACUUUCACUGGUCCUGAAGCUGAUACCUUAUCACAAGAAUUUGUCGACAGAUUUAAAAGUUUUGACCCAUCUGACGAUACUACAGAAUUCGAAAAAGUAGACGAACAAGGCAAUGUCAUCAGAGUGACUAAACAAGUGAUAAUCAAACCAGAAGUCCACUCUGUUUCUUUUAGUGGACCAAACGCUCAUCAACAAAUGGAAGAAUACAUGAAGCAGUGGAAUUCUCGAAAUGGGGAUGGAGCAUCUUCUCAUUUUUCUUCACACAUCAAAGUUUCUAGAACAGCAGAAGAGUGCCAGGAACUUAUUCCAUCAGGUGAUACGGAAGUCAAAGAAACUAUUUCUGCAGAAGCUGCCAAAACGCUAGAGUCAACUACUCCUCACACUUCAGAGCAAACAGUAACUCACACAACAACUAUUAUUUCUUCACAUUCUGAGUCAGGUGAGCAGACUUCCAGUGGAUCUGGAGAUAAAGGUGCAUCAUCUGCCGUAGAAUAACUGUUAAAGUACUAAAAAUAAAAAAAAACUCGACCAAAAUCACUGUCCAUUAAAGUGCCGAAGCCGUUAGAAUUAGCUUGGUUUUAAACUUGCUUGGAAAUCGCAUUAUUUAAACGAAAAAAGUUUAAAAAGUUUGUUCUUAAUAAUUAUCCAUUUAUUUCAAAUGUAACAUAUGAAGUGGUUCUGUGGCUACACCGUGAGCUGUCGCCAGUUUUCGUUCCUGUGCUUCUAUAUACUGCAUCUGUGCCAUAUACAUUAUUUAAUUAUGCGGUUUGCCAUUUUGUCUUCAUGAUUCUCAGUUCCAAGGCUUUCAAAGAAUUAAGAACACUAGGAGGAAGAAGAUUAGUUGGCGUGGCCUUGGGGAAUAGUUUCGAUCUUUAUGAUUCGCGGUUAUUCAAAGUCGUCUGGGGUUGCCUGCCGUUUAUUUCGUAUUAUCUUCGAUUCUACGUAGCUAGGUUGUGUAAAGGUGUACAGUAUCAAAAAAAAAAGACAUUGGUUACGUUCUUUUAAAAUAAAGUGCCCUUCUUGAACAAAUAUUUAUUGCUAUUGUUUAUUUCGAAUUAAAAUAGGUCACUUUUCAAAUUUAAUUGAAUUAUUAUUAAAUGCGAAUUUCUCUUGUGAACUGUGAGUGUAAUGAGUACGAGAGAUGCAUGCACGGAAGAUUUAUGCAUCUUCCAUCUCGCCUGGGAUAAGGGUAAAAAAAAAUAAACUCUGUGAAUGAUAUAAUGCAAGUGAAAGGCUUCUCUACUAUUAGCAUUGCAGUUCUAAAUUUUGUGUAUUCAUGUUUGUCCAUUUUUGAAAAAGCUUCUGGUGACUCUUAAGAAAAACAAAAGCACAAAAUAUAUUAAUUUAGUGUAUUUAGUAUUCACUCUUCAUGUGAAGAACUUGCCUUUAUACAUUGUAAAUUAAAUUAUUCUUAUCAAUACUUGCGAAGGAAAUGCAUUUACCCUUCAUUUUAUUCCAUUGAUUUAGUUCGUAUAUCAGAAGAAUUAAAAGCUCAGUAGUAACUAUUGAUUUUUUUAUUUCAUUUUACACAUAAAAAAGGCUGUCAUCUCAAUGAAGAACUAUGCUUCCUGUUUUUUUAUUUAACAGUCAUAUAAUGAGCAAGAAACGCUCAUUUUUGAGCAAGAAACACUCAUAAUUGAACAAGAAACGCUCAUUGUUGAGCAAGAAAUGUUCAUUUUUUAGUAAGAAGCGCUCAACAUUGAGUAAGAAGAGCUCAAUAUUGAGCAAGUAACGCUCGCAAGAAAUGCUCAUUAUUAAGCAAGAUAAGUUCAUUAUUGAGCAAGAAAAUCUUAUUAAAAAAAGAUGAGCUCAUUAGUGAUUAAAUGUUAUUUUUAUUAAAAUUUAAUACAUUAUAAAUUAAUACGUUAUAACGUUGUUAAUACGUUAGUAAUGUGUAAUAAGAAAUUUUAUACGUUGUACGCUUUACUUUUAGCAGAAAGUCAAAUUUUCUUGUUUUUUAUUUAUUAGAAGCAGCUAUGUGUUAUUAAACAAGAAAAGCUAAUUAUUAUGUAAGAAAAUCUCACUAUUGAGCAAUGAAAUAUGGCUAUUGAGUUUCAUGUUUCUUAGAUUUUAAUUUGUAUUAAAUGCUUUAAUUUUAACGAAAAGUCAUGCUUUCUAUUUCUCAAUUUUACUUCUUAGAAUCAUCUACACAUGAAAUGCAAAGAUUUAAACAAUAAAGAUAUAUAUUUUAAUAAAUUAGAGUAUGGUUUUAUUUAUUAAAUAUUUAUUUUACUCUAUUGCUUUUUAACAUUUAAUAAUAUUUUUGUCCAAGAUUCAUACAAUUUUUUUUUUAAAUUUUAAUAUCGAUUGUUGUAAUAAGUUGAGUCAUAAAAUAGUUAUGAGCAUUCUUUUCUAAUUUAUAGUCGCUUUUUAACAUAUUUGAUUAUUUAACAUUUUUGUUUAAAAUGUAAGCAAUAUUAAAAUAGAGAAUAUUUUGAAGUCCCAUGUUAAGUGCGUAUUAUUUCAGAGCUUGUAAAAACUAGUAUUAUUUUAUACUUAAUUUAAAAUCAGAAAAUAUGCCAUGAGUUGUUAAUUAUGUUAUUAUUAUAAAAAUUUAUUUACAUCAUUUCAACAUUGCUAAUAUUAUAUUAUUGAAAAGUUAACUUUUAAGCUAUUUUACGAGUAUGUAAAAUUUAUUUUCUGUAGAAAUAAGAAGAGUAGUAUUAUUUUGCUAUAUAAAAUAUUUUGUACAUAAAACUAAUUCGAAAUGUUUGAUUGCAUGGUAGUACUACUAUAUUGAAAGAAAUGAUUGAGAUUUGUACUUAACCUUCAUGAAUAUAUCUGCAAUACUGUCUGAAGCCAAUACUGGAGAAUUAUUUUUGUGAUGUGGGAAAUUGAGCGUAAAAGCUGAGUUAUAAUUUCUCAAUUAAAUGUGUGAUUAUAUUUAAAUGUUUUAUCAAAACAAUCAUAUUGAAAGUCUGUGGAAAGCUAUGUUUUUUGUUCAAACUCAUAACAAACAAUAAUCUAUAAAAAAAUCGUGGAAUCCUGUUCCAAACUAAUUCAUGUUUGAGUGUACUUUUACUGAUUAAAAAUAUUCAGUGUUAAAAUGAAUUCUUUUGCGCCUUCACUCAUCUGGUUCAUAGCUUGUGAUGCGCACUUAUAACUUGAACAUUCUAUAGCGAAGUGUAUUAUAAAUUUCAAUAAAUACAGCUUAUUUAUAA